UACUGCAGAAGAAUAUGACUUAGAAAAUUUAGUACAUGGUCUUUUAGAGGAGAAGUUAUAUGUACCCGACACAAUCUGUACGACAACUAGCUCAUUACCGUCUUAAUCGUCGUGAGCAGUGUGACCAGGGGUUCCAGAUGCCUGACCAUUCUUGAAAUUUCUAUUCAAGACUAGUAGUGUCUAGUGUGUCCAAUGGUGUCAGAGAUUCUGCUCGGAAUCUGCUCCAAGUUUAUGAGAAGACCUCAUGAACGAGAUUGGAUAAUUCCAAUGGAUUGUCAAUGGAAUUCAUUGGCAUCAUCCAAUCCCAUUUGUAAGUUCUUCCCUUCAUCACUCUAAAGCACAUUCCCUUUUUUACUAUAAAGUUAAAUAAAUUAAUUUUAUCCAAGAUUCACGGAUGGCAUGCUAAGCUUCCACACAUGUAUUAGAUAUGAAUGAGUAUUUUUCUCACUCCUACUUUCCUGGAAGAAAGUCGUAUAAUGGUCAGUUGUCUAGGAUCCCUGAGAGUGACCCAGGGACAGUGUACCCAGAUUGUAACAGAAACCAAUGUAGGGAACUCAGGGUAAGGGUAGUAAUGGGGAGAACACUGGCAUGAAUAUCGACGUUACAUACUACACGAUGGUCAAAUUUCUAAAAACUGGUAUAUAACAUUAAUUAAAGGCAACAUACAGUCAUACUAUACUACUACUUCAUUAAUAUUACUUGAAUAUUUUUAUCAUAAAAAUAUGUGACAAUAUAUUAUUUAAGUACUUUAUUAUCAAAAUUGUCAAAUCAUCAAAUUAUCAAUCUUUAAAAUUAUCAAAUAGAAAGAGGAAGACAAUACAAGAAGAUAUAAAAAAAUGAACAUGGAGUUGUUACUUAAUUCAUGCAUAUCGGAAAAAGAAUUAGAAGAAUUAAUAGAGAAAGCAAAAGAUUGGGCACUAAUACAUGGAAUGUGUAUGAGGUCAAAAACAAAUUUUAAUAGAAAUACUCUACAAUUUGCACCAUUUAUAUUGAUGCCAUCCCCAUUUCCAAGAAAAGAGUUUGAAAAUGCUUGUCAGAUUCAACCAAAAUUAAACUUACUUAUACAUAAAGUAGCACAAGAUUUUAAUUUUUUAAAAGAAACGUUAGAAGAAACAAUAAAAGUUGACAGUUUCACUAGAGAGUUAUUUAAAAUAUGUGAAAUUAUAAAUGCUGAAGGAGGUUCUGCACAAAAGAUAUCUCUUGGUAUUUUACGAUCUGAUUUAAUGUUAGAUACAAAUUGUCCAACCGAAGACAUGAAUAAUAUAUCUAUCCCCUACUGUAGUUGGAAACAAGUCGAAAUAAAUACAAUUGCUUCUGGUUUUGGUUGGUUAGGACCUGCUUCGACAAAAUUACAUAGAUAUGUGUUGACAGAACUUGGUUGUCAUGAAAAAGUAGAAAAUUUGCCAGAAAAUGAUGCAUUAGAAAUAAUAUGUUCAAGUAUGAUAGAAGCAUGGAAUAUGUAUGGUGAUCAACGAGCAGUCAUUUUAUUUGUUAUUGAAGACGUUCCAUAUAAUAUAUGCGAUCAAUGCUUUCAUGAAUUUGAAAUUAAAAAGCAAAAUCCAAAUAUCAAAGUAAUUCGUCGAAACUUAACACAAUUAACUGCUGCAACCAAAUUGGGAUCCAGUAAGAAAUUGAUAGUAGAUAAUUUUAUUGUAGCUGUUGUAUACUAUAGGUGUGGGUAUGAACCUGGACAAUAUCAUACGAGAAAAGAAUGGGAAGUAAGAUUACUUAUAGAGAGAUCUUUAGCAAUUAAAUGUCCCACUAUUCAGUAUCAUUUAGUGGGAACAAAAAAAGUUCAGCAGGUUCUUGCAAAGCCUGGUGUAAUCAAUAAAUUCCUAAAUAAUGAAAAGCUAUGUGCUGAAAUUAAAGAAAUAUUCACUGAACAUUAUUCAUUAGAUUUUAAUGAAUAUGGAAAUGCAGCUAUAGAAAUGGGGAUUGCAAAUCCACAUCGAUUUGUACUCAAGCCUCAACGAGAAGGAGGCUGCAAUAACAAAUAUGGAUUAGAUAUAAAAUACUUUUUAGAAUCUGUGAAAUACAAACAAGACAGGGUAGCUUGGGUUCUUAUGGACAAAAUCUAUCCUCCAAUUCAUAGAAGUUAUAUGGUUAGACCAGAGAACAAUGCAAUUAUAAAACCUCAAGAAUUAGUUUCUGAGCUAGGAAUAUUUGGCAUAAUUAUUGCUGAUGAAAAUAAUGUGUAUAUUAAUAAGCAAGGUGGACACAUGUUGAGAACUAAGUUAGCUACUGCUAAUGAAGGUGGGGUAGCAACAGGAUUAGGUGCUUGUGAUAGUCCGUUCUUAGUAGAUUAAAACAUAUGAA